AUCAUCUGUUGGCCACUUGGCUGGCUUUAAUAAUGGGGUGUGUCCGUUUGUUUAUCCACUCUGAUCCGGGGCGGCUCAGCUGUGUUUUUUUCAUGUAAAUAGUGCAAAAGGAAGAAGAAGAAGAUUAGAUCCGAUUCAUUCAGCGGACUCCCAAAUGUGUAGAUAGACACCCAGCCAGCUCGAUUGUCAAUCGUUUCUUUCUUUUUUGUUUUGAUGAUUUUAAUUAUAAUUGGGAGGCUAUCCCAGUAUGUAGAUCUCCUCUGCACAGACAAUCGACCAGGAGCUUGGAGCUGGGGGAAGGGAAGGGAUGGACGAGACGAGCGAGCUUGCUUGGCCGACCGACGUUUUAGAACUCGAGUAUGAAGUGGCAGUCACAGAGAUUUGGCUUGGCUUGCAGCAUUAUGUAGAUAAUACAUGCGCUUCGUCUUUUUCACUCUCUGAAAAUAGCCAAGCAUUCACCGACACUGUGACGACUGGGAUCAACCAGUGGUCCGAAAAUCUGGAAGAUGGCGGUGUCUUGGAUGAAGAGCUGGACAGCGCGGAUCGGCUCGUCUUGAGUGUGUCCCCCCGGCUUCCCUCGCGGUAAAACUCUCUUUCCAACUCGAUCUCGGUAGCCUGGCCAUCCAGACUAUCUCGCUUCACUCCGCUGGGCCACUCGUGACCCUGGCUUGCGGUCGGUCUUCUCUCUCUCCCCCUUGCUCGGGCGUCAUGACUUCAGUGUAUGUUCAUCUGUUUCUCAUAUAUCCCAUUGAUUUCUCCAAGCUCCUCAAUGAUGACGGUCUAGCCAGGUAUGGGCCAUGCUCAUUUCUUUGCUGCGUGGACAUAGCCCCAUCGUCAUAUACUUCAUACAUACACACCAUAUUGCUCUUUUCUCGACCAUGCCUUCGAUCGUCAUGUCCGUCGUCCUCAAACCUUUUGUUCAACCGAUAUUUUGCCCCACUGACGCACGUUUGCGUCUCCAAAACUCGAGAGUUUUCUGACUCACUGAAACCCCCACAUAGCAGCCCCCCCCCCCCUGAAGUGCACAGAACCGACUGUUUCCAACCCACGCCUCCCCUGAUAUAUCAAUAUAUAUAUUGAUACAUAACUCACAACAUCAUCGAUCCCGUCACCACUGCAAGGACGUUGAAAAGUUGUCAAUAUAUGGAUUUAGUGAGAUCUUGAGCUCGUCUUUUAUGUCCUCGGGAAUGGGGGGGGCUGGUGUGUCAUCCCCAGCUUGCUGAAGCGAUACAAUAUAGUCUUCCUCCUAUAUGAGGCUCGAUUAAAGUAUUUAGCUUUGGGUCUUCAUUUCCUCGAAUCCCUGUGGGCUCGCUAGACUUUCAUGAGCUCCUCCCUUCAACUCCUCUGCUCCUCAACUCUCUCUCUCAUCUUUCCGGCAGCUUGUAUCGUGCAGGCACACACACACACACACAUCACUAUAUAUCUCCUGCCCUUCCGGUUGUCUUCCUCCUCUCCCUAGCUUCUCAAAAAAGAUGAUAUUGGAUUCAUAGUCUGCCUUAUAUGUAGUUUCUUUUUGAAAAGGCAGAACACAUAGAAAUUCUACACUUGCUGUCUUGUUCUCCCUCCUCCAACCCCUUCGUCCUCAGUGGUGCCAAUCCGAUCUGCGAUCCACUUGAGCUCAUCUGAUUGAUUUCCUCUUCUCCUCUUUGUAAACAGUUCCACACCCCACCACCACCACCCAAACCACGAAUAUUCUCGCAAAAGUAACAACAUGCCAGCUCUCACCGCCUACGCUCAUCCGCCAGCCCAUGCUGGAUGGACUUCGCUGAGCUCCAAGCCAUCGACGCUCUCCCACACAUCCUCCUCAUGCUCGGGCUCAGCACUAGCCCCGGCUGCCUCGCCGAUCACUCAGAUCCCCGGCCGUCCAAGAUCAAACAUCUCCCGCUUCGAACGCCUCACCAAGCCGCUCUCAUCCUCUGCAUCCCGUCUAAAGAAAACCAAAUCUGCCAACAACUGCCAACUGCCCCAGCAACAGCAACAACAACAACAACAGCCUGAUAUCAUCCUCGCCACUCCUAGACCUCAGCCUGCUGUCAGAGGCAUCCUAACCAAACACUCCUCUCUCCUCAACUUAUCCCCUCGAGCACAAGCAGUGGUUGAAAGCAGUCCAGUAGCGGUUGUGCUCGAACCGACGAUUGUUGAACCAUUAUGUCUAUUACCAUCGAGAGCCCAGAUGGUGACCAAGAAGGUGCGAUUCUCGGGGAAUCCCCAGGAUGGGUAUGGGCGGAGUAUGAGCUCGAGAGGAUGUGGGGGCUGUAAGGCUCUCAAUCAAGGACACUCGCAGGGCUGCAUGGAGGAGGAGGGCUGUCGAAGAGCGCCGGAGCCAGUGAUCGAGACGAUCUUCCUGACAUACUCGCGCUUCGCCUACGACCGCUCGCCGAUCGCGGUGGACCGGGUGUUCAACAAGUCGCUUGCGCUUCCGCCCCGGACAGACAACGACGACGAUCUGGGCAACGGCCGAUGGCGUGCCGAUCUACUUCCCCCCUCAUUGACCGACAGUCCUAUAAGCUUGGAAGACUCUAACAGACUCAAACUCCCCUUCCCGGCCGACCUCGCAGCCGAUCUUGAGCCAACGCUCCUCCCUCGACUGUCGCUCUCCCCGGUCUUGCAGGGACCCGCAGACCCUCCUCCGAUCUUCGUCGCCGCCCAUGAGGGUCCCGAAAGCGCGGCCUCCUGGCAGAUCAGCUCGGACCUGUUUGGUCCCACAUCUCAUUCCGAGGACGGGUCGACCUCUUCGUCGAGUUCGCAAGAGUCUCCCACGACGCCUGCGAUCACCGAGCUCAUGAGCAAGCCGCCGACGAUCUUAUACUCCGACCUCUCCCACCUCAUCCGACAGCCGCCCUUGGCCACAGCUCCCACUCCUUCUUCAACCACCCCCUUCAGUCUCUCCGUCCAAAACCUCGCCCAUCAUGCUCUCGCUAAUCUUAACCUCAACGAGCACUCGCUUCCGCCGCCUGCUCGACUCGACCACCGUGUCCUCACUUGUCUUCCCCUCGAUAACAUCCAGCCAAGCUCCGGAUUCGGGAAUUGGAAUCGAGCUCAGGUCUUCGGCUCUUGUGACGCCCUGGACGGCUUCUAAAAUCCUAUGUACUCUCUCUCUCUCUCUCUUUCUCUCCUCUUGAAUCCUCUUUUUUUUUCUUUGUUGGCCCUUUUAUCCCCCUCUUUUCAUGUGUGUGUUGUGAUCUUCUACUCCGGUUUCUUCGUUUGUUUAUGUGUAUGUGUGUGUGUGUGUUUCCAGCGUUUUCGAUCUACUUGAUGGUCCCUCCUUGCCACUAAAAUGUUGUAUUCAUCGGCCCCCUUUUCCCUUCUUCCUCCUCCUCUUUUUUUGAGAUAAAGAGUUGUGUCUUUGGUCGAGUCGGUCGGGUCUCCUCCAGAGAAGAUUCAUUCGUUCCGUUUUUUAAGCUUCCUGUCCCCGCUGACCCAACUUAUGUAAAAAAAUGUCUCAAGUCUUACUUCAGAUGGGCUUCUUUUGGGUGGGUGUUUGGUCUUGUAACCGGGGAUGGGUGGGCUCCGCUUGUCUUUGGUCUUCUCCUCCCCCCCGCAUUGAAAAAUAACAAUUCAAAAAAAAAACAAUAGAAAAUGGAAUACAGAUGAUUGCCUUGAGCAAUCGAGAGUAUAUCG